GGAGUUUGGAUCGGAGGUGAGCGAGAUUGCCCGGAUACUCCAUGUACCACAUUCAAAUGGACUGAUGGAUAUACAAAUUCGAAAGAGAUGUUGAACAAUUCGCAAUUUACACAAAGAGCCAAUUCAGUAAAUUACGAUAAUUGCUUAACAAUUCCUAGACCGAAAAGUAAUUCAUCAGAGGUGAUUAUUUUCGCGCAAAAUUGUCGCGCUGCGUUUUUUGACUUUGUUUGUGGUUAUCAGAUUGA